AUGCGUCUCUCGCUCGCUGCAUUUCUGCUGGCAUUCACCUCUGUCUCUACUUGCAUGCACAUUACGUCACCCAAAGAGAACGAAUGCGUUGAUUUGACAAAACAAUUACUUGUUGAAUGGUCUGCUGACAGCUCCGAGGUAGUAGCCACUCCAUUCGUUUCAAUCCGGCUGGCCAACCAGAGGGGCGCAUGGCCGAACGUUAAUGAGCCCCUGGCCCUUGGAAAUGAUUUUGAGGUACCUACACGCCGAGGUUUCAUCGCAUUUCCCAGAAUGGGUGUUGAAAAUGCCGAGCACUUCGCAUCAAUCAACAACGGGUAA